AUGGUUGAUAUAAGUUUUGGGGUUGGGGUUCCAAACGAGGUUGAGGCGGUUCUUCAUAGUGCGAACAGGCUCUUAAAUGCGCACCACCGAGACGGGUCGUUGGCUAUGCUUACCGUCGAUUUCUCGAAUGCCUUUAACCUUGUGGAUAGAACUGCUCUUUUAAAUAAGGUAAGGAAAAUGUGUCCAUCCAUCUCUGCUUGGGUUGAUUAUAUUUGGUCUUCCACGGGGUUUCAUCAGGGGGAUCCUUUAGGGCCUCUUCUUUUUGCCCUUGUUUUACACCCUCUUGUUCUCCGAAUCAGAGAUCGUUGUAAGCUUCUUUUUCACGCGAGGUACCUGGAUGAUGGGACCAUUAUUGGAGAUGCUACUCAGGUUGCCAAGGCUUUAGACAUCAUUAGAGUGGAGGGCCCCUCCUUAGGCCUCCUUCUCAAUAUUAAAAAAACUGAAGUUUUUUGGCCUACAUGCGACGGGGUGAAGACUCAGGAGGGUUUAUUUCCGCGGGAGAUUGGUAGGUCGGUGAAUGGUGUGAAACUCUUGGGUGGUGCUAUCAGUAAAGAUGGGGAUUUUAUUAGUGGUUUGGACCUCAAAAGAGCCAAAUGUGCGGUUGAGCUGAUGGGAUGCCUCAAACACCUUCGGGACCCUCAGAGCGAACUCCUCCUUCUUUGUUCAUGUAUGGGGGUUGCUAAACUGUUGUUUGGGCUCAGGACGUGUCAGCCUUCUUAUGUUGGGGAAGCUGUCUCUGUUUUUGACAAAGGGCUUCGGAAUGCGAUCGAGGACAUUGUUGUUUGUAGGGGUGCCUUUUUUUGGGGACCUACAAUGGAGGGUGCGUUGGACAAUCCGCAUAGUUCUCUUCCCGAUCUUGAUCUUGGUGGUUUCUACAUUAAAGACACCGCCCCCAUUAAAGCCCAGAAAAUACUGGCGAAUGCCUUAUAUGGCGAAAUCGUCAAGACAGUUGAAGAGAAGUUUGCCUUUUCCCCUCGGCAGCGAGCCGUGUUUGAGUGUUUACGAGCCCCCCAUGCUCAGGAUUUCCUGUCUGUUGUUCCCAUCGAAGGUUUAGGGCAAUGUAUGUCGGCUGUGGAAUACCGGGCUAUCCUCAAGUACCGAUUGAUGAUACCCCUUUUCCCGGUUGAUGAGCCGUGUCCUGUAUGUCGGAAGUGUUGCUUGGAUUCUUUUGGGGAGCAUGCAGUCCAUUGCAAAGAAUUACCGAGCUUUAAAUAUCGACAUGAUUUAGUCCGAGAUGUGCUGUAUGAUGUCCUUAAGCGAGCAGGGAUCUCGGCAAAAAAGGAAGCUCCGGUGAACUUCUUGACCAAUCCGUUAGAAGGGAGAUCUACCCUACGGCCCGCUGACAUUCUUGUUUUUGGAUGGGAGGGAAGGAAACACGCGUGUGUCGAUUUGACAGGUGUGUCCCCCCUCGUUGAGCUAAGGGACCACGGGUUUGUGGCAGGACAGGCGAUAACCAAGGCAGAGGCGGGCAAAGUAGCUAAACACGAAAAAGCUUGCAUUGAGAAUCAGCACGUGUUCGUCCCGUUUGCUUUCGAUACCUUUGGCGCUCUCGCCCCUGACGCGGGGCGGUGGUUGAAAGGGGCGGUGGUUGCAGGGGGUGUUGGUUGCGGUGGUGGAUGGGUUGUAGGGGGUGGUGGCUGUAAAGGGAUUGUGGUUGCUGGGAUUAGUUGCAGGGAGAUGUUGGUUAAAGAAGGUUGGAGAAGAUGA